AUGGGCUCGUCGUCUGAAGGACCAAAUCCGUUUCGUCCCUAUUACAUUCCGCCCUCCAUCGGCCUGACAAAAUCCUCAGCACCGCCAGCAUCCAGCCCCCUUGUGAGCAAGGCGAGUAUUAGAAAUUCCACGCGUGAUAUUUUCUCUGACUUCGACUACUCGGAAUACCUGGGCGAGACGUCGCCGACGAUAUCUCACUCUGUGAAAGAGCUUGUUGAAAAGGCGUUAUGGAGGUACACCAGCGUGUUGAUGGCGCAGCCAUUCGAGGUUGCAAAGACCAUUCUGCAGGUGUACGUUGAGCAGGAUAUGCAAGCGGAGCUGGCGGGGAGAGAUGAGAGGCCGAGGAGGGAUCAAGGAUAUCGAGACAAUUACUAUGAGGAUGACUCCGCACCAUCAACAGAUGAUGAAAGCAGCUAUUUUACAUCAGAUACCCCUCUAACCCCUCCCACCGGAGCCUCCCGAAACCGCCGUUCUCGGCCUCGCAUUACGGACCGGCGUGGAUAUAUCCCUUCCACCUUUGCUUCCGCUAGUAAAAGUACACUGAAGAUCAAGGAUUCUUCUUCUCUGUUUGACGUAUUGGGCCAGCUCUGGGGUACAAGCGGUCCAACUUCGCUGUGGGAAAGCGUCGAAUUCAUCAUUCCUUUUCCAGACGAAGGCUUGUCCUCCCUUGCUGAGCCUGAUAUUCUCAUUUCCUCAUCGCCAGUCUCCUCUUUACUGCUCACCUGCAUUUCGUCAUCACUCUCCGCCAUCCUCCUCUCUCCCAUCGAUACCACACGUACAUACCUGAUCCUAACCCCGCUAUCCAAAGGCCCGCGAUCACUCCUCCGCGCCAUCCGCCUCCUCCCAACCCCCAACUUCCUAAUUCCACCACACCUCCUUCCAAUCACAAUUCUAUCAUCAACACUCCCAAAUUUCAUAACAAGCGCCACUCCACUCUUCCUCAAAUCCUACCUCUCCCUCGAUCCGGUUCUCAACCCCUCCUCAUGGAACGCUUUCAACUUCCUCGCAUCAGGCCUGGAACUGGCCGUCCGCUUCCCUCUGGAAACUGUCCUCCGCCGUGCCCAAAUCGCAACAUUCACAUCCCCUGCUCUGCAUCAGCAGUCCGGCCUCCAGUCCGGCCUCCUGCCCAGCACAGCCCAAAGCUCAUCCUCAACCUCAGCAACAUCCCCUUUCCCCGGAACCCUAAAAUCAUCCUCACAACCCCCAGUCAUCGAAACAAUUGUCCCAACCCCACAAUCCUACCGCGGCAUAGUCGGCACAAUGUGGACAAUCGUCUACGAAGAAGGCACAAACCCGCACGCCCUCGAGGUUGAGCAGGUCAUCGCACAGCACAAGGGACAUUCAUCGUCCUCUGCUCGGGCAUCGUCAGCGCAGGAGACCGCGGCAAGUCGUCGGGCCCAGAAACGCAGGCGGGGACAGGGCAUGCAGGGGCUGUAUCGUGGUUGGCGGCUGGGAAUGUGGGCGCUUGUUGGGGUGUGGGGUUCUGGAUUUUUGGGCAUGGCAUUGGAUGCUGGAGAUGAUGAAAUGGUAGAGAGUUCUGGAGGAGUUAGGAUGGCGUUGGAACCUGCGAGUGGGAGGACGGGCAGCGCGGCUACUAGAGGCGCAUUUUAA